GGCGGGACGCAGGUAGUCUGAGGAUGAGAAUAUGAAGGGUCAGUGCAGCAGCGGUUGCAGUUUGUCAGUUUCCUCUCGCCUCAGCUUUCUUCCUUUCCAUUCCCAAACUCUAGACCUAACCCUAGCCCGUAACAUCUAAGUGUCUGCUGCAAGUUCUUCAUCGAAAUUGUCACUGCCAUCGCCAUGGACGAGCAGAAGAGCAGCUUUAGUUGCUACUUUUUCCGCUAUCUCCUCCUCGGCGUUCUCCAACUCCCCUUGUUGGUCGAAACCCCUUCUCCUCCUCCUUCCCGAGUUCUUCGAGCUACCAAAUUCCGGCGGAGUCAAGGCUCUGGAUCUUCGCCUUGGUGACGGCGAGCUCCCCAUUGAUGGGGACCAGGUGGCAAUUCAUUACUAUGGAAGGUUGGCAGCAAAACAAGGAUGGCGCUUUGAUUCAACAUAUGAUCACAAAGAUGAAACUGGUGAACCAAUUCCAUUCACCUUUAUCCUUGGGUCAGGCAAAGAGUGAAGGAAAAUUUGCUUCAUUAGGGGUUUGGCCUUUGCGGUUGGGUCUUGAAGUGAAGCUCCAACAUGGUACUUCUACAAACUGACCUGUUUUUGACUGAGCUUACAACCAUGUUCGAGCAUGCCAUAGAGAAAGGUUCUAUUUGGGUUACUUUCAAGCGCUCAUCCAUGAAGUCAAAGGCACAAAGGAAGAAGAAGGCCUCAAAAAAUGAACAACUUGAAUACAAAUGCCUUAUUCGGGCAACCAAUGGAAAGAAAACCAUUUCGACUUGGGUGGGGCCAAAUGAACAUCAGUGCUUUCAAGCUUCAUAUGCAGCUAUCCUAAAGGCCCAGAUGACUGUUUUCUUUCCAGAAGAGGAGCCAGAAUGGGUGGCAGACCUGCUAGGGGAAGAUGAGCCAGAAGAGGUGGUGGGGGACCCUUUACCGGGGCCUCACCCAGAAGAAUCACACCCUUAAUGCAUCCUUAAGUGUGGAUUGUCUAUGGUAUAGCUGCUGCUGUAGUUUCUUUAUCCUUUGGUUUGAAUUCUGCCUUACUUUAGUUGCAUUCCUAUCUCGUUUGGUAUUGUCCUGUUGUGUUGUGUUGUGUUAGGAAUGCAAUAUCGAUAAACAUAGUGUUUGGUAAUAAA